GUCAACUGUCGCGCAACAUCAUUCAGCAACAUGUGGUUCAGGAAUUGAAAUUGAAAAGCAAGAACUCGCUAGCCCCUCACAAGCAGCUUGUAAAGGAUACGAUUGAAGAAUGCGUGGUGAGAUAUUAUCAAGAGUGUAUUCAGCAACGAGGUUUUGGGUGCGCUCCGUCUAGAGACGGAAGUCUCGGGGACGAAGGUUGCUGGCGAGCAUUCCACGCUUGUAGUCUCGCCUGAAGGUGAGGUGAGCUAAGCUGACUGUAUACCUCUGACCAUGUAUUUCUGUGCGUCUCGUGGUAAGUUUGAGACGGUCAAUGGGAAACAGGUCAUCAAGCAGAAGAAAGACUCUGCCGCUCCAUCCAAGCAGGUCGGAGGGUCGGAGGUUGGUGCUGCUCCCGCGGUCAAGGCAACAUCUGGAUCGUCGGGGACCAAAGAGGCCAAGCAGGCCGAUGGCGCGGGAUCAGAAUCGGAGGAGCUGUCCGAAGCAGAAGAUCGGGAGCAAAGCGAGAGAUCUACGGAUGCGGAGGACUUGCUUGAUGAUGAUGAGAUAUCCGAGAAGAAGAGGAGGCGCAAGAGUGGCGGUACAUCGAAGGACAGAAGUGCCAUGAAGAAGAGGCGGAGGUCGAAAGGCGAGACACCCGGAACGGAUAAGAGUUCCGACAAGAUUGCAGAGGUCAAACGUUUGCAAUCAUACGUGCUUGCUUGUGGAGUUCGCAAACAAUGGAAGCGAGUAUUCGAAGCGGAGGGAUGCGGCGGGGACAACGAGUCUGAUCUUGCACGGCAAUGCAAAGUCGUUCGGAGCAUCCUCGAAGAGCUGGGCAUGCCGGGCCGCCUGUCCAUGGAGAGAGCGAAGAAGAUCCGCGAAGAGCGCGAAUUUAAAGCAGAGUUGGAAGCGCUUCAAGGCAACGCCGAUUUGUCGGGCACGACACGAAGCGGUAGCAAACGAGGACGCGCAGCAAAACGGGCCGGAAGCGAUGGAGCGAGCGAUGCGGAGGAGGAUGAUGGACCAAAGCCAGCGCCACGACGCAAGGUCAGCUCGAUGCUGGCCGAUUUCGCUGCUGAACUCAAUGACGACUAGUCGUGUGGGACUCGGUGGACAAGAUGAUGUUGCCAGGCUGGGUCAUUGCUCGCGAUCUUCCUCAAAGUUGUACAAUUUCCAAUCAGCAAGCCGAAGAGCAAGCAUCAUCAGCAACAUCCCUCUUUCGUUCCUCGCCGCCCGGGCCGCGCGCGCUCCGGUGCUAGUCGCGUGUCCUUCAGACGAGUCAUUGUCCGG